CUACGAAGUUUAUUUGUGGCAGCUUGCUUUCGCAUUUUUCCGGAACACUUCAGAGUCCUUUUUAUCCUUCGAAUUAUCCAGAUAAUGCCGAGUGUUUGUGGCAAAUACAAGUAACAAAUAAUUACCGCAUUAAACUCACAUUUAGAAGUAUUCAGUUGCAAGGUGGAUGUCAGAACGACUAUAUUGAGAUCUAUGAUGGGCCACCCAAUACUUCUCCUCUGCUUGGAAGAAUUUGUUCUGGUUCUUAUCGCACAUACACAUCAUCCUCAAACUUUAUGACUGUCAGAUUUCACAGUGACUCCAGAUACUCCAGUAGAGGGUUUUAUGCUGAGUAUAAUUCCUUUACAGCAGACCAGAGCACCACCCUUGUGUGUUUGCCAACCUACAUGCGUGCAGCUGUAAAAAGACACUAUCUUGAGUCACAGGGCUACUUGACGUCGAACAUCAGCUUGUCUGACUCUCAUUGUAGACCAACAAUUACACCCACUGAGGUUAUAUUCAACAUUCCCUACAACAGCUGUGGCACACGUAGACAGGGUAACGGUGAAACGAUCACCUACUCCAAUGUGAUAAGAGCAUCUGCUUCUGCUAACAUCAUCAGGAGGCAGAAGGACCUACGCUUGCACAUCAACUGCAAAAUGCUCCAGAACACUUGGGUGCAAGUGAUGUACAUUGCCGAUGACAUCCUUAAUGUCACUGAGACCCAGUAUGGCAGAUACGAUGUGAAUUUGACAUUCUACAAUUCCUCGUCUUUCCUGUGGCCAGUAGAUGAAUUUCCAUACUAUGUUGGCCUGAAUCAGCAUUUAUACCUGCAAGCUUCGCUUUACAGCUCUGACCCAAAUCUGGUGGUGUUUGUGGACACAUGCGUGGCAUCACCUGAUCCUAACAAUUUUAAAACACUGGCCUAUGACUUGAUCAGAAGUGGAUGUGUUAAGGAUCCCACCUACUCUUCUUACUAUUCACCAUACCACGAUGUCGCCCGGUUUGGAUUUAGUGCCUUUUCGUUCGUUAAUCGGUACAUGUCAGUUUACCUGCGGUGUGAGCUGGUGGUGUGCAGGUACGGAGACUACUCCUCCCGCUGCUACCAAGGGUGCCUUAGUAGGUUCAAGAGAAAUGCAGGCUCUUCCCAUGGAAAAGUGGAUGUAAUUGUUGGACCCAUUCAGCUUUGGAAUGAUCCUGCCGAGAACAGGAAUGUUGAGCUGGUCCCUGACACCCAGGUGAAAGAGGAGCCUGAGAGCUCGGCGCCUGCUGCCAGUUCCCAUGUUCCUCUGGCUGUCACCGCUGUGGUGCUGGUAGCUGCUGUUCUCACUGUGGGAGGUUUUCUUCUGAAACGAAAACUGCAGGAACCCAUCCCAUACCAGAUAAUGUGA